AUGUUUGGAGGUCAGAGUACAUUUGGAGGUGGUGUCUUUGGAAGCAAGCCUCAACAGACCACCGGACUCUUUGGUGGUGCGACGGGCACGACGACCACGGGGCUGUUUGGUAACCAAGGCGCCACGCCCGGUUUAAGUGGUAACCAAGGUCUAGGUGGUAACCAAGGUCUAGGUGGUAACCAAGGUCUAGGUGGUAACCAAGGUCUCUUCGGCGGUGGUAACGCUACCGGUGGUGGGUUAUUUGGUAGCACCACGACUCAACCCGCAAGCUUAUUUGGCCAAGGCACUACCAACAAUGGUCUAUUCGGCGCUGCAGGCGGGACUCAGCAACCUAACAGCUUGUUCGGCGGCACAACCAACAACAGCGCCUUCAAACCAAACGGCAGUGGCCUCUUUGGUGGGGCUACAGCCGGAAGUCCGCAAACGAACACGAGUUCGACUGGACUCUUCGGCAAUACCGCUCCACAGAACGCAGGUCUGUUUGGUUCACAGACUGCGUUUAAUAACCAGCAGACGACUGCCUUCGGGAGCCAGCCAAACGGCUUACUAGGCCAAAACACUCUCGGCCAAAACACUCUCGGCCAAAACACUCUCGGCCAAAACACUCUCGGCCAAAACACUCUCGGCCAAAACACUCUCGGCCAAAACACUCUCGGUGCCCAGAACACCCUCGGUCAGAAUACUCUACAGCCUACCAACAGUCUGUUCGGCGGCGCCAAUAACACUGGCGGGGGACUGUUCGGUAGCACUCAGGCGCCCGCCACGACCGGUGGACUAUUCGGUGGCCCCACCGCUAGCCAGCCUGGAACCGGGCUCUUCGGGGCCUCCCAGAAUACCAACAGUGGCGGCCUCUUCGGCGGGGGUACCGCACCUGCAGCCGGUGGGCUAUUUGGGACCACCCAGCAAACGGGCGGUCUCUUCGGAAACACGACGACUGCCGGUGCCCAACAAACGGGCCUCCUUGGCGCCAGUCAGACCACCACGGGCGGCGGCGGCCUCUUUGGAGGUGCCUCACAACCCCAGACAGGGUUGUUUGGAAACAACGCCUCCACCAACACUGCCGGCAAUUCGGGAGGACUCUUCGGCAACAACAACGCUGGCGGCGGCGGACUCUUCGGCAGCAAGCCAGCCACUGGCAGCCUGUUUGGGAAUGCGACCACGAACGCCACCGCCGGCACUACUGGCGGCCUCUUCGGAAGCUCCAACAACCUGCCCCGGACCACCACCACGACUGGAGGCGGUUUGUUCGGCAAUACGAACACUACUACUGGCACGACUGGCGGAGGAUUGUUCGGCAAUACGGGUGCUGCUACUGGGACCACAGGCGGAGGCUUGUUCGGCAACGCAGGCACGAAUACUGGGACAACUGGCGGAGGAUUGUUCGGCAGCACAGGCACUGCGACAGGCACGACUGGCGGAGGAUUGUUCGGUAACACAGGCACUGCGACAGGCACGACUGGCGGAGGAUUGUUCGGUAACACAGGCAAUACAAGUGGCACGACUGGCGGCGGGUUGUUCGGCAACACAGGCAAUACAAGUGGCACGACUGGCGGAGGAUUGUUCGGUAACACAGGCACUACUACUGGCACGACAGGUGGCGGAUUGUUCGGCAAUACGAACACAACUACUGGCACGACAGGUGGCGGAUUGUUCGGCAAUACGGGUGCUCCGUCGGGCUCGACAGCUGGCACGACUGGCGGAGGAUUGUUCGGCGGUUCCGCGAGCCUGUUCGGCGGCGGUUCGAGUUCGGCGGCAGCCCCGACGGGAUCAGCGUUGUUUGGAUUAAAUGUAGGCGGUGGCGCGGGAACAAGCCCCGCACCGGCGACUAUGGGCGGGCCGGCGAAGGAAGAUCCGUACCAGUUGAGUUCGAUUGCGAUUGCGAACGCGGCGAACAUUUUGUACGGAACCCCGGCAAAGACGGUGCCAGUACGUCCGGCUGUGGCCCGUGUACCGGCCGGGUCCCGGGGAUAUCUGGGCACUCGUUCAGCAGCAGUAGUAGCGGAGACGCGGGCGUCGGCGGGUACGCCGGUAGCGGCGGUGCCGGCAGAUCGGCGCACAUCGCACGAAGGUAACAUGUUUCUGCCAUUAGAAAGUUUCUCGCCGUUGGUAGAGGGUACACGGUUGGGUUGGCGAUCAUCAGCACCGGCGGAGCCUCGUUUGGCAGACCAGCGACCUGCGGCUGUCGACCCUGCAUUAUUGCCAAUUUUCUCGCGACAAGAUUAUACCUGUCGUCCGUCGAUGGAAGCUCUCCGCAAUUAUACCGAGGAAGAGUUGAGUCGUGUGCAAGACUUUACCGUUACACGAGAAGGGUAUGGGUCUGUUACCUGGCUAGGAUUCACUGAUCUCCGGAACCUCGACAUUGAUGCUGCGGUCUUCUUCGAACCAAAGGCUAUCGAAGUUUACGGUGAGCUCUGGGAGAGUGUGAUGAAACAGCGAGGCAUUCAAAAUCCUGAGAAACCCCCUCAAGGAUUAGGACUGAACCAUCCCGCACAAAUUACACUUUACAACUGCCGACCGGCUAAAAAUCGUCUUACCGGUAAAAGCGCUGAUGAGCUUUUUGCCGAACAAGAGCGAAGGACAAGACAGUACUCGGAAGAUGUCGGAGCUACCUUCAUCAGUCUCUCCCCUGACUACGCCUGGACAUUCCGUGUGGAACACUUCAGCAGGUAUGCUAUGCCGGAGCAUAUUGCGUCUCCAGGUGAGGUGAAGAAAAGUAGGAGCAAGAAGCCUUUGGUACCUCGCCGUAUUCAAUCAUCUAGGUUAGCCGUUGCGUCACGUAAUGUCACUUACCGUGUAGGAACUGACCGGAUGACGGCUUCCAAGUUAUGGGCCAUGGUGGAGAACGUUGGGUCUCUUAGUGUAUGCGAAGACCGAGAUGAGGAGAGUUCCGAAAUAAAUAGUUUAAUUGACAUGGAGGCCUUGGUACCAUGUCUUGCCCACCCCUGCCGGCCCGUUGACCCAGUACAGAUUGGACUGCAUGCCUAUAAGUUGUUUCGUCCUCAUCAGAAACUUGACUGGUCAGUAGAAAGACCUACCCCUGCAGCCGUGGGUCGUUCCGUAAAGUUGAUAGGCUUUCUUUGGUGUCAUGAUACGGACAUAUUGGGUGGUAUAAUUGAUUGGUUAUAUAGUAUGAAUCGUGGGUAUGAAGAGUCUGUUGUUGACUUUAUACUGGCGAAUCGAGGAUCUGAAGCUGUGCGUCUUUGUAUGGUCUCUAAACAGCUGCGUUUGGCGCUCAUUAUUCGUUGUUUAUGGCAACCGCUUUUAAUGCCAAGCGCGAGAAUUACUGAACAAUUAGUAUCUUACUCUAAGCUUGGUUUAGUCGCCGACAACAAGACCACACUGGAGGUUCUGGCUCUGGCUGGUGGCCUAGUUAAUAGUAGUGGCACCGUAAUUAAUGGUAGCGAAAUUAAGUUCAAGUCAUGGACACAAUCUCUCGUAGCCAUCCUUGUGUUCACCUUGAACGCCAAUAUGUACAGAAUUAGUUUGCCAACUUACCAAGACCAGUUGCAGCUGCUAAAGUGUGCCUUGAACAAUCUGAACACGAUGUGUACUGACCAAGACACCGAUUACCUGGAUAACCUGGACUACCAAUUACUGGUGUGCAUUGUUCAUAAUCAAGUGAUCAAACCUGAUGACGGUAUGCCUAGUCGUAGUGAGACUCGCUAUCUAGAUGCCCGUACGGAAUCUAGCUAUCAAGAAGGUCGAGGAGACGAAAUCAGCAGCGUCUCGGCCCGAGACAGAGACCCAUUACUGGGUGAACACGGCCCAUUACUGGGUGAUUAUCCGGAAGCUUUUGGACUAUGCCGAUGGCUGUUGAUGCUGCAUGCGCAAUACUGUCAAGACCCCAGUCUUAGCAUGUUUGGUUGCAUAUCAGGUCUUCAGUCUAAACAUGAUGUAUUCCCCGUAGGCUUGGUUAAUUCAAAGUCACAUCUUUACUGGCACUUGUUAAAGCAUCAGCACACUCUUGUAAAGACGGAUUUGAUUGACCCAAUAUACCGUGCCUACUACCAGGUCGAUCGUUUCGUAGUUAAGGAUACAGGACUAGUUAAGGAUACAGGAGUGGAUACAGGAGUAGUUAAGAGUAUGCUACCUCUCUGGUUUGUAUAUAGAUGCCUUGGUGAUUAUUACCGGAGUUUAAAGAAUUACUUAAACGCAGCUACAUCAUACUAUCAUAUGGUUGACCAUAUAUGUCAUCAACACCAAAAUGAUUUACAACAUAGUGGUUGGUGGGAUGUGUUGAGUAAGAGUCCCACUGUGACUGUACCAUCGGAAUCUGAAGGCAUGCUACUUGUCUUGCAAUGUUUGCUCGAAGAUGAUUAUCUUAUCAAUUGCUAUCAAGUCAUAAUUGAAAUGAUUAAAGAUGAUAAAAAUCGAGUAACAUCACUUACCCAAUGCUGUAAUAUGUCCCUAGCUGAUAUGAUCAUUGACAAGAAAUUAUUACAGCUAGUUCAAGUUCUAUAUAGCUAUCAUAAAAAACUUAACAUUCAACAGAUGACAACAACCCUCACUUCCCACGAACAAAGAUAUCAAACCUCCUGGUCUAAUGAAG